AUUUUAGAACUCGUUUUUAACGUUAGACUGCCGCGGUGACGUCAUCAUCUGGGACGCGCUGUUCUGUGUCUGAGCUGCUCCUCACGUGAAGCGCUGAGAAGGCCUUGUGUUAUCGUGUUCACAUGAUGGAAUCUACUCGUUCCUCUCUGGGGCUUCUCUCAGGAUACAGUUCGUCUGGAUCUGAUGAUGAUGAUGAUGAUACAGUUGAAGUAUCAGUUAGUCAUCCUUCAUCCAGAUUGAAUUUCUUUUCAAACUCUGACUCCUGCAGCGAUGAGGAGGUUGGCAUCGAAAACAAAAAAAUAACCAAAAAGGAUCCUUUACCUGUGUGUUCAUCCUUGCCUGUUGUGCGUCUCCCAGCUCCUAUCUUGGGUAGGGAGACUGGUGUGGGUCCGGGUGGAGUCUUCUCAAAUACAUUCCAUGAAAAGCAGCAAGCGCAACUCAGUGUGCUAGAACAACAUGUGAAGCUGAGCGAUAGCAACUGGGUAAAACAGGGAAAAGGAGCAUGUUUGUCCUACCAGAGAGAUGGACGAUGCCAUUUUGGAACCAACUGCAAAUACAGUCAUGCAUCAGACUUGCCACAGAAAAGCACAGGAACUGUGCAAAAAGAUUUUGAAAGAAAACAGCUGAUGGAUGGUAGGGGGCAGAUGCAAAGAGAGGGGUUUAUAGAAGAACAACAAAGUGGAGAUGAAAAGCCAAGUCUGAAAGGGAAGCGAAAAAAGCCAGGACUCAGUAACACAUUGAUCCCUCCCAAAAAAGCACUCAAAAACUACAUGGAACAAAUGGCAACUGAGAGGUCAUAAAACUUGUAAACUCAUGUGCAUUCUCAAAAUACAGUUUAUCUUGUUUUCUUUGCAGCAUAUUUAGGCUUAGAAACAUAAGAUUAAAUUGUCCCGUCACAAUCUGACAACUAGUACUACACAAUAAAGCAAAAAACACCGUGACUGUGCCCAGUACACCAAUAAAUGUGACACAAAGAAAUA